AAGGACUUCAAAAACUCGUAGGCUCCGGGCCCUAGGCACCGUACAGGGAGGCGGGCAGCAGUGCGGGGGCGGGAAGCAAACGCGCCAACCACGCGUGUCCGCGCGCAGGUGCCGGGGGCGGCGGCGGCGGCAACUCCGCAGCGUCUGCCCAGGAGGAGAGUUCGCGGCAGCUCGCGGGAUGCUCCUAGAUGCAAGAUGUGUCUCUGGCCAGCAGGAGGAAGGAAGAGGAAGUGAGAGCAGCGGCAGCCGGCGGCAGCGGCCGGCGACCCGAGUGUAAGUGCGUGCGUUCGGGCAGCGGCGGCGGGCGAGGAUGGGCACGAGAUAGAGGCAGAGCCACCGCCGUCCACGGCCCCGAGAGGGGCGACAGAACCUCGGGCACCGGUCUACGGCCCCCGCCCCGGCGCUCCGGCCCCUGAGAGCCCUCGUCACCGCGUCCUGAGACCCCGGGCAGAUAUAGCCACGUGUGACGAUCUACGCAGUAGGAUCCCCUUUUCCACCGGCUCCGGACUUCCUCCAUCACACAAUGCCGCCGCCUGCGGAUAUCGUGAAGGUGGCCAUAAAAUGGCCUGGCGCCUACCCUAAAUUCAUGGAGAUUGACCAGAAAAAACCACUGUCUGCAAUAAUAAAGGAAGUCUGUGAUGGGUGGUCUCUUGCCAACCAUGAAUACUUUGCACUGCAGCAUGCUGAUAGCUCAAACUUCUACAUCACGGAAAAGAAUCGCAAUGAAAUAAAGAACGGAUCUAUCCUUCGAUUAACCACAUCUCCGGCUCAAAAUGCCCAGCAGCUCCAUGAACGAAUACAGUCAUCAAGUAUGGACGCCAAGCUGGAAGCCCUGAAGGAUCUGGCCAGCCUCUCCCGGGAUGUUACCUUUGCUCAGGAGUUCAUAAACCUGGAUGGCAUCUCACUCCUCACUCAGAUGGUAGAAAGUGGCACAGACCGAUACCAGAAGUUGCAGAAGAUUAUGAAGCCUUGCUUUGGAGACAUGUUGUCCUUCACUUUGACAGCCUUUGUGGAGCUCAUGGACCAUGGCAUCGUGUCAUGGGAUACAUUCUCAGUGGCAUUCAUAAAGAAGAUAGCAAGCUUUGUGAACAAGUCUGCCAUAGACAUCUCAAUCCUGCAGAGGUCCUUGGCCAUUUUGGAGUCAAUGGUUCUCAACAGCCAUGAUCUCUACCAAAAGGUAGCCCAGGAGAUCACCAUUGGCCAACUCAUUCCUCACCUUCAGGGGACAGAUCAAGAAAUCCAGACUUACACUAUUGCUGUAAUCAACGCGCUUUUCCUGAAGGCCCCUGACGAGAGGAGGCAGGUUGGUGUAGAGAGCAAUGUUGACAUCCUUGAUUGUCCUCUGACUGAGAUGGCUAAUAUCUUGGCUCAGAAGCAGCUGCGCUACAUCAUUUUAACACAUGUCAUCCGAGCGCAGAGGGCCAUCAACAACGAGAUGGCACACCAGUUGUAUGUGCUCCAAGUGCUGACCUUUAACCUUCUGGAAGACAGGAUGAUGACCAAGAUGGACCCCCAGGACCAGGCUCAAAGAGACAUCAUCUUUGAACUUCGAAGAAUUGCUUUCGAUGCUGAGUCGGAACCGAAUAACAGCAGCGGCAGCAUGGAGAAACGCAAGUCCAUGUACACGCGGGAUUAUAAAAAGCUUGGCUUCAUUAAUCAUGUCAAUCCCGCCAUGGACUUCACACAGACCCCUCCUGGCAUGCUGGCUCUGGACAACAUGCUGUAUUUCGCUAAACAUCAUCAGGAUGCAUACAUCCGGAUUGUGCUUGAGAACAGCAGCCGGGAGGACAAGCACGAGUGUCCUUUCGGCCGCAGCAGUAUAGAACUGACCAAGAUGCUGUGCGAGAUCCUGAAAGUGGGCGAGCUGCCUAGCGAGACCUGCAAUGACUUCCACCCGAUGUUCUUCACCCACGACAGAGCCUUUGAGGAGUUCUUCUGCAUCUGUAUCCAGCUCCUGAACAAGACAUGGAAGGAAAUGAGAGCAACCUCUGAAGACUUCAACAAGGUAAUGCAGGUGGUGAAGGAGCAGGUUAUGAGAGCGCUGACAACCAAGCCUAGCUCCCUGGACCAGUUCAAGAGCAAACUGCAGAACCUGAGCUACACUGAAAUCCUGAAAAUCCGCCAGUCUGAGAGGAUGAACCAGGAAGAUUUCCAGUCUCGCCCGAUUUUGGAACUAAAGGAGAAGAUCCAGCCAGAAAUCUUAGAGCUGAUCAAACAGCAGCGCCUGAACCGCCUCGUGGAAGGAACCUGCUUUAGGAAACUCAACGCUCGUCGGAGACAAGACAAAUUUUGGUAUUGUCGGCUUUCACCGAAUCACAAGGUCUUACAUUAUGGUGACUUGGAAGAGAGCCCCCAAGGAGAAGUGCCCCAUGAUUCCCUGCAGGACAAAUUGCCGGUGGCAGAUAUCAAAGCAGUGGUGACGGGAAAGGACUGCCCUCACAUGAAAGAGAAAGGUGCCCUUAAACAAAACAAGGAGGUGCUUGAGCUUGCUUUCUCCAUAUUGUAUGACUCAAAUUGCCAACUGAAUUUUAUUGCGCCUGACAAGCAUGAGUAUUGCAUCUGGACAGAUGGGCUGAACGCGCUGCUUGGGAAGGACAUGAUGAGCGACUUGACACGGAAUGACCUAGACACCCUGCUGAGCAUGGAGAUCAAGCUCCGCCUGUUGGACCUGGAAAAUAUCCAGAUCCCGGAUGCUCCUCCACCCAUCCCCAAGGAGCCCAGCAACUAUGACUUCGUCUAUGACUGUAAUUGAAGUGGCUGGGCCUGGACACAUUCCUCCUAAACUGGAAGAUCUAGCUAUGAGCAGAGAGGAGCGCAAACACACCCACGUGUUGGGACCAUUCUUUGGUGGUGGGAAGCUGCAGAUCAACCCUUCCUUUGGCCUCAUUUUUAGCUCUAGCUUUUUUUUUUAACUGUUUUUUUUUUUUUUUUUUUUGGCUUCUUACCAUCUCCUUGAAUCUACUUCCUGACUCAGUAUUUCAGAUCACUCCACUGCUACCGCUCACUGGUGGGUCAUGAGCAAAACCCACCACUAGUAAGAAAGUCAAAAAAUCUUCUCAUUCUAACCUGAUGUGGCCAUGUCCUUCUGCCCUUCUUCCUUCUUGCCUGGAGUAGGAAAUCCAAUUAGCCCCAUGCUGCCCCAAAUUUGCUAACUAAACCAUGAAAAAUGCCUAAGGCCAGGAUUGGGUAAAAUAGCUCUGUUACUGGACAAGAAGACCAAAGGCCGCCACCUUCUACCCCUUCUUUCUAGGGUCAACUCACAUCAUCAGCUCUCUGUGAGUUGAGAUCGCUUUUGCAUCUCCUCUCUUUCCCUUCCUGGCCUUGAUCUUGCUCUGGUCCACUUUGGUUCCCUGAGUAGCAGCAGCAGCCUCAUUCCAGUCCUCUGCAGCACCAGGUCUCUUAGACAGUCCAUAGAGCCCAUGCCUGCUCCUUGUCUGCACUGUGACCAUGACCAUGACCAACCUCUCUGUCACACUAUCUAGUCUUGGGCCUCCUCUCCUUACCCCAGCCCAGACCUGCCUUCUUCAUUUCUUCAAGCUCCCAGCAGCCCCUUAGCAGAAAGCACAAAUGAAGUUAGUAGUCCUGCUCCAUCUCAAAUAGACUAAACCUAACAGCCUCUAAGGCGGCUGGCUGUUGUUAUCCAACGGUUCCGUGUCACCUUGUCCUUGGGGCUCCUGCUACGACCCAGGUUCUCCAGGGUGGUCAAGCUGUCAGACAUCCAAGUUUACAUCGUUGUAAUUAUUCUAGGUCUUUACAAUUUACAAGGGUUUGGGAUUAUUUUGUUUUGUUUUGUUUUUGGCUUUGUUUUUGUAUAAAAGAGUCUAACAUUUUUUUGCCAAACAGAUAUAUAUUUAAUGAAAAGAAGAGAUACAUAAAUGUGUGUACUUUCAAGUUUGUUUUUAAUUAUUUUAAUCCCAAACAUCUUCCUGAGAAUAACAUUCCCUUAAACAUGCUGUGGAAUAAAAUUAAAUGUGACGA